CCCUCCCUCCCCCGGCGUCGUUGGAACAGUUCGGCCGCCUGCAAUCCAACAUGGAGUAGAUAGAGAUGGGGCUCUAGCGGGGCCACCCCUCGGUAACAACAGCGACGACGCGCUUUUUACGCACAACUGGAACCGGAGUCGUCGGUGAAAACAUGCGCCUUAGGACUUAAAAACGGAGCGUGUGCGUUGUGUGUCCGUGUGUGUGCGUGAGUGAGUGUGUGUGUUUGGGGAGGAGGGGGGGUGAGAGAGAGAGAAGAUUCGGCUACUAAAUUGUCCGUGUAGGCUACGUUAUCUUCUGAAGGUGAUGGGGGUAUUGUAGUUAUAGAAAAGGGAGACGUCCGCGAUCCAGAAGAAAAAUAUUGGCUCCUUCGGGUGGGAGAGGAAGAGGGAAAAUUGAGGAAAAAGAAGACGGAGGCGCAGCCAGUCGAAGGCAAGCCAAAGAGCCGACACUCGCACAAAGGCGCAGGGGGGAUUUAUGCGGAAUUGGAGACGGAAUCGGAGGAGCCGCGGUGAAAGAAUGACGAGCGAAAAGUAUGCAACCGCCGCGGUCCAUUACCUGAGGUGAAACGAGAAAAUGAUAGAAGAAACACACCCAAACGAUGACAGCUACAUCGUGCGUGUGAAAGCGGUGGUGAUGACGCGGGACGACUCGAGCGGUGGCUGGUUGGCUCAGGAUGGGGGAGCUCUGAGCAGGGUGGGGGUGUGCCGCCUCGUGCCAACGGAGUUGGCGCCCAGCAACUCGCAGUUCCUCAUCCGUGGCGAGCGGCUUCGGGACAAACAGGUGAUCCUGGAUUGUCCGCUGAGGAAGAAUCUGGUGUACACCAUAGCGACGCCCACGUUUCACCAUUGGAAAGUGGAGGACAGGAGGUGCGGCCUGUCCUUUCAGAGUCCAGCAGACGCCAGAGCUUUCGACAGGGGGGUACGGAAAGCGAUAGAGGACCUGGCUGAAGGCUCCACAACGUCCUCUACAGCACUCCAGAAUGAGGGCGAGCUGGGUGACGACGACGUCUUCACUAACACCACAGACAGCUCAUCCAACUCCUCCCAGAAACUGGAGAGCUCUCUGCAGCCGCUCGACUCCUCGCCCCUUCCGCAGAGACACAAGGGCAUGCUGGGACAUCGCCUCGACCUCCACGACCCCUACCGGCUCUCAGACCACUACUACUUGGACCAGCCGUUGUCUCGGAUUCCCCGCCACGUCACCUUCGAGGAUGAGGAAAUCGUCCGCAUCAACCCCCGGGAGCGCAGCUGGGAGCGAACCACAGAGCGCCACUAUGGACGCCAUUCGGACCGGCCCUGGCUCACCGGCUACGAGGACUACCGCCACGCCACCGUGCGGGACAAAUUCAUCCAAAUGGACGAGUCCGAGUCCUACGUCCACUUCUCCAAGACGGAGGCGCAGAAGCACGACUACACCUACCCGCUGGCACCGCCCCUGUCGCCCUCAAACUCUGACCCCGCCCUCGGACCCUUGACCAGUAAGGGCCACGGCGGCGGCUCCUCCUUUCGCCACGGCUUCUCCCCCGUGGUCUCGUCCCAGCCCCGCUCCUUUCUCCCGAGCUCCUCCCCGUCCACCAACGGUGGGAAGGGGAGGAAGGACGACGGGAUGGAGCGCGCACAGUGCGAGCACUGCGGCGAGGCCUUUUACGUCUCAGACAACCGGAGAGGGCGGUGCCAGGAUGCUCCAGACCCCGUGCGGGCGUGCAUCCGGCGGGUCAGCUGCAUGUGGCUGGCAGACACCAUGCUCUACCACUGCAUGUCCGACCCCGAGGGGGACUACUCAGACCCCUGCUCCUGUGACGGGGGAGAGGGCAGCGGGGGAGGCCGGUGCGGCACGCGCUGGUUAGCUCUAAUCGGCUUGUCUCUGGUGGCGCCCUGCCUCUGCCUCUACCCGCCUCUCCACACUUGCCACCGGGCGGGGCUGACAUGCGGCUGCUGCGGAGGCCGACACAAGGCCCUGAGCUGAGCAGCUGUGCUUGGAGGCCUCUCAGAGGAACAAACCUAUACCCAACGCAAGCACAGGGAAAGGGAAGGAUGGGGAAACACACAGAAGGGACAAGUGGUCAUGGCUGCUCACUCUCUUGCCUUGGUUUCUCUGGGUUUCUCUACAAAUUCCAGACACUGAAAUAAGCCAAAAAAAAAAAAGCUGUUGCAUUUUCUGAACGGCCUGGGAAGAUAAGCUCCCCCUUAUGGCAGACAGUUCUCUCAGCUCUCCACGUGGCCAUUUCAUGCUCUGUUUCUAGUGAGAGAGCACUCUUUUUCAGGGGGCCUUUUUUUAUAACUGACCUAUAUGUCAUGUAUCACAUAUGCAGGUACUUUAUAUUGUUAUAUUUGUACACUGACUCGGCGUCAAAGAACUUGAAUUGUUUCUUGGUUCUGUUUUUUUUUUUCCUUCCUUCGAUGUUAGCGUGGCCAUUUUGUUUAUAUUCUAUUCCAAUAUCAGGCCCGCUCAACUCCAGCUACAAGAGAAAUCAGACACUACACAUCUUUGCGCGUGUGUGCGAGUGUGCGUGCGUGGAUGGUGUUUGUGCAUGCUUACGAUGCGCGCCGAGGCCUUCGUGUUGUCCGUGCUGCGGCUCAUAGUAAAGCUCGUGUAUAUAGUCCACAUAGCUCUCCGACUCCAACAUCUUGUUUGUUCGCCGAAACAAACGCGGUACUCAUCUUAAUCUUUUUUUUUUUUUUUUCCCUGAUAUCCCAAAGAUUCAUGUUUUUAUCCUAUUUAUUUUCUCACUGAAUUGAUCUACCAGCAGCAAAACGGGGUGCUGGGUCGUGAUUCGCUCACAGAACGAGACGGUGCCUCAAGUCUCAAGCAUCCGUCUCCCCGCUCCUUUCACGUGAUUUCAAACAGUGCCUAGAAAAAAAAAAAUUCAAAAAUCACCUAAACCAGGAACCCUUCGAGUCUUAGAAUCCCAGUCAGAUUAUUGGCUCCUUUUACGUCACAUACACUUGAAGCAGCGUGAGAUUUUAAGGCUCCGAUCUUUGCGGAAACCUCUGCCAACAUUCUGCGUCCCGCCGAGGACCGAAAAGCCUGACGGACACAGUUGAAAUUGGUGCCUGCAUUGCCUUAAAAUAUGGAGUCCUGCUCCCGACUUGACCCGUCCCCCUGAAGAUGUCUGCUAUAGUUAAAAGCGUGGUUACGGCUUCCCAAGCAAUCAGCCCUCACCGUGUACUCUUUUAAACUAUUUUUGUAAUAAAAAUGAAAAAGAACUCUUAAAAAGGUUCUGGUUAAGCGUAGUUCGCCUGCGACGUACAAUCACCUCCCCCUCUUUGAGCUAUCGCAGUUCUCCAGGACACACCGGUCACGUAUGUGCGACAGUAAAAGCCCGACUAAUGCUUUAAUUCAUCAGAUUAGUUGAGAUCUGUGUUCGGAAUCAUUUCAAACCUCCUCCUUAGAAGACUCAUCGCAUGGCCACAAUGACACUGGACGUGUCAAAAAUCAUUUCUAAAUGAUAAAUAAAAUCAAUCAAAUCACAGCUAAGUCAUCUUUUUUUCUACCAACAUUCUAAAUUAUUUUUAAUUUUAAGAAAAUCCACCUAGUUAGAUUUGAAACUUAACACUGCUGCACAUGAAACUAGCGCAGAUGGGGUUAGCUUAGCCUAGCAUAAACACUGGAGACGCAUUGGAGACAGCAAAUCUGGCUCUGUCAAAAUUUAAUAAAACCCGCCCUUCAGCGGCUCUGAAGCUCGCUAGCAAAAAUGUUCAUAUAUUCCAGGUUUAAAUUGUGCAAAAACCAAAGUGUAAAAUGAAGAAGUUUUACUGAAGGUUGUGCGAGUCUCCGCUCAUUAUCCAAAUGAGAUGUAAUCUUUAAAUUAUUGAAGCCGUUUCAUUUUGAACAGACCCAGGCUUGCCUUUACCCCCUGUCUGCGCUUGUUACGUGGAGCUGAAUUUACCGAGAGCACCCCUCCAAACGUUUCCAAGUGCUCCUUUAAGGCCACACUAUGUUGCUGAAGAUCAACAUGAGAGACGGCUCGCUGAAGCCACAUGUGACCGGCGUGCGCUCCCCUCCUCAGUCCUACAGCAUUUUUCUCCCUCCAUGCCAGAUUUGGUACAUCAUCACACGCACAAAGAGCAGAGUCAGAUGCUUGACAACGGCGCGACUGAAUAAAGAAACAGUUAAAGCCUGUUCAUUCAUGGUCGUGGUGGGCGUGCUGAUGUGCAAACUCGGGCGGUGGAGUAAAAACACACUGUCCUACCUGCCUGCCUGCCUGCCUGCCUGCCUGCCUGCCCGCGUCUGCUGCUUUCAGGUGAGAAACGGCAGGCGGGUGGCCGGUCACACUCUCACAGUUGACAGCACAACACUAAAACUGCUUAGGUGCUUUAAGCUUAGGUAAUGGCGGCGUCGGGGAUGUGACCAGGAACAAGCUUUUUUAAAAAUAAAACAAAGCAGGACGUCAGAAGGAUCCCACUGGAAAAGAUCGGGAGUGUGAAAAACAUCUGAAAUCCUGGAGACAAACAAACCAUCCCUGAUUGUUCUGCCAAGGAAAUGUCACUUACUGUAGUUGAACUACAGAAUGCCUGAGGAUGUCCUUUUUCCUUCCCUGGUUGUAUCUGUUUCAUACAUCCUGUCCUGUGUACCAGUUUGUACGUCCUUGGUGUGUGUGUGUGUGUGUUUAUGACCACAUCCCUUCCACAUGCCCUCUCCUGCUCCUUGAUCCAAAGCUACUGGGAUCAUCUGAAUAUGCCAUCACAUAUUGACACCUUUCCAGUAGAAUCGGAUCCUUUUGACGAUCUAUCAGGGACGGGGCCAAUCAGAUCGGAAAGAGAGUGUGUUUGUACAUGUGUGUGUGUGAGCGUGGCGUUUAAUCUUCUAUCUCCGUCUCGUCCGGUGUUUGUCUUCUCACAUGUCAGAGCCAUUAACAAGUGCCUGAACGCAUCCUCUUUAUCUCCUCGUGUAUUUAAAUUGAAAGAUUAAAGACUCCCUGUAUUGAAUUAGACCCAAUUUUUUUUUUAAUGCUUAGUAUUUUUACCUCUGUAAAAAAAGAGCAAAAAUUAUAUUAUAUAUAUCAAGUGUAUGUUGUACAUUUUUAUUUCUAUUUUGUUUUUUAAAAUAACUGUUUCUAACAUGUACGAUGGAUGUAGCUCUUGCUUUCGAGAAGGAACAGGAAGUACUUUGUAGAUACCGAAGGGGUGGCCAGGUCUGUGAGAAAACUAAAGUGAAAUGUGUGUCUUACCUUCCGCCUCCAAUAAAAUGAAAGAAAACAGUGAAACCA